AUGGCUGGUGAUAAGAAAGACAAUGAAGACAAAGUUGCUGUAGUGGAAUUUAAUGUUUCAAUGCAUUGCAAUGCAUGUGAAAGAACUGUUGCCAAAACCAUCUCUAAAAUCAAAGGUGUGGAAAAGUUUGUAACGGAUAUGAGGAGACACAGAGUCAUAGUAACGGGUCGGGUCAACCCGGACAAGGUUCUGAAGAAACUGAAGAAGAAAACAGGGAAGAGAGUGGAGAUUGUGAUCAACAAAGAAGAUCCAAAAGGUGAAUCCAAAGAAGAAGAUUCAUCAUCAUUAGGAGGAUUCUCAAACCAAAUCACAAGAUCAAUGGUACUUGGUUUUUGUGGGGAGAGUAUGGUUUAUACUAUGUUUAGCGAUGAGAAUGCAAAUGCAUGUUCUAUAAUGUAGGAAAUUGUUUGGAUUGUAAGAAAAAUCGAUAAAAUUUAAUCAAUUGUUCGACAUUGAUCAAAAUUUCAGUUUUCAGUCCAUUUUUUUUUAAAGGUAGAUGGAUUUUGUUUUGAUUUUAACAAAUUUUAUGUAAAUA